AUGGACAAAAUGGUGGAUAAAAUGGAAAUGGGGGUAACGGAGGAGGAAAUGUGGACGACAACUUUAGCUCAACCUGCUAGAACGGGUGUUGUGGAUGAAUUUCACAUUCCAAAGAGGAGUAAUCCAACACUUGAACAGUUUACUCCUUCUUGGCGCUUUGGAAAUGGAAUGUUUGCAUUGGUUCUAUCAUUUGGGCUUCUGUUAAGUGGAAUGAAGAGUCGCAAAGGAAGGUCAUGGCGUUUUGGGACAGGUUGGCUACGAGGUGGCAUUGCUGAUUAUGGAGUUCCUUUGAUGGUAAUUGUUUGGACUGGGAUAUCGUAUAUACCUUCAGCUCAUGUUCCUAAUGGUAUUCCUAGGCGUUUGUUUAGUCCAAAUCCAUGGUCAGCUGGUGCUUAUGACAAUUGGACAGUAAUUAAGGAAAUGCUGGAUGUUCCAUUGUUAUACAUUAUUGGUGCAUUCAUUCCGGCAACUAUGAUUGCUGUACUUUAUUAUUUUGACCAUAGUGUGGCAUCUCAGCUUGCUCAGCAAAAGGAAUUCAAUUUGAGAAAACCAUCAUCCUUCCAUUAUGAUCUGCUUUUGUUGGGAUUCUUGGUUAUUAUGUGUGGUCUUCUUGGUAUACCUCCUUCAAAUGGUGUUAUUCCUCAAUCUCCAAUGCAUACAAAAUGUUUAAUUACUUUGAAGCACCAGUUGGUCCGUAAUAGGUUGGUGAAGACAGCCAAGAAAAGCAUCAAACAAAAUUCAAGCUUAAGACAAUUGUACGGCAGGAUGCAAGAAACUUAUCAACAAAUGCAAACUCCAUUGGUUUAUCAGCCACCUUCAGCCCUGGCUCUAAAGGAAUUUCAACAGACAACUCUUCAGUUAGCUUCAAGUAUUGGAAACCUAGAUGCCCUAGUUGAUGAAUCAAUUUUCGAUCCAGAGAAGGAUGUUGAUGAACUACUUCCUGUUGAGGUCAAGGAGCAGCGUUUGAGUAAUUUGUUGCAAGCCAUGAUGGUAGGUGGUUGUGUUGCUGCUAUGCCCCUUCUUAAAAUGAUUCCUACUUCAGUGCUUUGGGGUUACUUUGCAUUCAUGGCUAUAGAAAGUUUACCUGGCAACCAAUUCUGGGAAAGAAUACUCUUACUCCUUACUGCACCAAGUCGAAGAUACAAAGUACUUCAACACAACCAUGCUUCAUUUGUUGAAACAGUGCCUUUCAAAAUGAUUGCUAUUUUUACCAUCUUCCAGACGUGUUAUUUGCUGGCUUGCUUUGGUGUUACAUGGAUUCCCAUUGCUGGCGUUCUUUUCCCACUGCUUAUAAUGCUCUUAGUUCCUGUAAGGCAAUAUGUUUUCCCCAAACUUUUCAAGGAAGCACAUCUUCAAGAAUUGGAUGCAGCAGAGUAUGAGGAGGCCCCAGGAUCAACAUAUAACAUAGCAGAAAAUGAACUAACUGGGUUCAGCCAAGGAUCAAGGGGUGCAAAGGCAGAUGAUAGUGAGAUUUUUGACGAGAUAAUUACUCGAAGCCGCGGUGAGGUUAAAUAUACUUAUAGUGCACAAAUACCGAGUUCAAGUGAGCCAGGUGAAGCAAAACACCUUUUCAGUUCACAUAUACAAACUUCACGUGAGCGUGCACAUUCUGGUGAAGUGAAGCACGGAAUGAGUCCACUAGCUCCUGAACCCAAACGAACUGUCAGCCCACAAAUCAGUGAGCUACAACAAAUGUAUAGCCCCAGAAGAGAAAGUCCUCUCAAUGGUUUAAGCCCAAGGUUUGGUGAAGUAAAUUUAUUUAGCCCAAGAAUCUCCAAUUUGGGGGAGGUUGCAAGGACAUCCACUUCUAGUGAUUUUUCAGUUGAUUAUUGAACGACUAUAUUAGAAUCUAUGCUAAAACCAUUUCGCAUUUCAAUAGAGCAUCUUUGUCGUUCAUUUUGCUAGAUAUGUUUGCUCUUAUGUGUUUGCAGAAAGAAUCCUGGAAUAGAUGAAUCCCGGUGCUGUUGCCUUUUUAUUCUCGGAUCA